UAAAAAAAAAAAAAAGAGAUAAAAAAUCCUGAGUUUCUAAGAAGAUUAGAAGAAGAGUGCCAGUGUUAUAAAUUCAAAGUUGGGUUCUCCCGGGUGUUCAAGUGACCGUGCUUCAGCUUCGUAAGCCAUUCAAAGCUAUUUACUCAUUAAGCAUUGCGAGAUUUGUAUGAGAAAUGGCUGCGAUGGCGAUAGGGAUGAUGGACGGUGCUUAUUUUGUCGGUCGGAAUGAGAUUCUGAGUUGGGUUAAUGCUACGCUUCAGCUCAAUAUCUCCAGGGUAGAGGAGGCUGCUUCUGGUGCUAUCCAAUGUCAGAUGAUGGACAUGACCCACCCUGGAGUUGUUCCAAUGCAUAAGGUGAACUUUGAUGCAAAGACAGAAUAUGACAUGAUCCAGAAUUACAAGGUUCUGCAAGAAGCGUUUAACAAGUUAAAAAUAGAGAAGCAUAUUGAAGUCAAUAAGCUUGUUAAAGGGCGGCCCCUGGACAACUUGGAGUUCUUACAAUGGUUAAAGCGUUACUGUGAUUCUAUAAAUGGAGGCAUUAUGAAUGAGAAUUAUAACCCAGUGGAGCGAAGAAGCAAGGGUGGGAAGGAGCGGAAUUCCAGGGUUUCACACAAAGUCUCGAAAUCACUCCAAGCAAACAACUUUCCCAGUGUUAUCUCGGGCAAUGGAACCGGCUUGAAGACUUCCGUUCCCAAACAAGGGAGAAAUUAUGCAGUGUCAGGUGGAGCUAAUUCUGCUGCAGAGAUUCAAGCAAUGUCUGAGCAGAUUCUGGACCUCAAGCUUUCCGUGGAUCAUUUGGAAAAAGAGAGAGAUUUCUACUUUGCAAAGUUACGGGACAUCGAAAUUCUUUGUCAAACUCAUGGGCUGGAGCAUCUGCCGAUGGCUGCAGCAAUAAAAAAGAUCUUGUAUGCAGCAGAUGCAAAAGAAUCACCUCUUGCUGAGGCUCAAGAACUGAUAAGCAGAACAUUGAAUGCUGAUGCAGCUGAAGUAGAGGAUGAUGCGUAGUAGUGCAAAUCUUGCCAAACAGGAUGGUCUGACUCUGUUUUCCUGGUGCUCGUUUUACUACUGUUCUUCAAUUCCAACUCAUUGGAGAGCUGCCUCAUGUGAGGAACAAUUAAUUGCCACUUUCUUGUAAUAGAAUUUAGAGUUUUGUUCUUUCAUUUGGAGAAGGUUAAUAUUAGCCUUCUGUACUUUGAAA